AGAAAGAUAACUCUGCCUAUUUCCGGUGGGUUUGAGGAUCACAUGAGAACGAAGAGGACCAGCUGAUCGCUGUAAACAAUCGCUAUGAAGUGUCACCAUUAUACAGCUACAUGGAAACAGAAUCCAGCGGAACAUGAAUGACAAAGACUUCGACACUGUGCCCGACCAAACGGGGGGUGCGGACGAUGUCUAUAGAUCGCAGCCGCCAGGAAGAGAAGGUGACGCGCCCCGGGGGAUGGGCCACGACUCUCAAGGCCAACUCGAUUUCUCAUUUUCUACCUCUGUUGUACGGGAUUUUCCCGAGGGAUUGAAAAAUAAACAUUCUAUUAAUUCUCCAGAUAACAGGAAUCAUGUUUCAAAUGAUCAUAAAGAGCAGUCUUUUUGUAGAGAAGUGUCUGAAAGAAUACACUUGUUACAGGCCACAGUAUUCAUAGAAGAUGCUGCAAGGUACAGAGAGAUUUGUCAUCGAGUGGAUAAGCGGGCCCUACAGAUCUACCGCAUGUAUCAAUCCAACACCAUACAACGAUGCCGCAUUGUGUUUAUAUUUGUGCUUCACAUCCUGGCAUUCUUUGAAUACCCAUCCUCCCUGACUCUGUCCUCGGACAUUCGUUUCCGUGGCGAUGGGGUCAGCAUUCCAUGUGGGGUCACUGAAGGGAUAGAACUGAUCUGUCUGUUGUUCUUCGUAAUGGAUGUCAUCAUUAAAUAUUGGUUGAUUGGGUUCGCUCAGUUCCGUAAGAAGAAUUGGAUGAUAGCGACAGUGGUUGUUCUGACAUUAUCUCUCAUAGACUGGUGUGUUAGCAUUGGAUUCAGGUGUAAUGAGGCCACCAGAUUCCGUCGUAUAAUCCGGCCAUUCUUCAUUAUCAACUAUUCCAAUAUUAUGAAGAAAACUGUGAAAUGUCUGCAGCGGACAUUGCCCGAGGUGUUCAGUGUGCUGAUGCUGCUAGGCUUACAUCUGUUUGUGUUUUCUCUGGUUGGAAUGCUGCUCUUCCCUAAUCCUAAGCCUUAUGAUACCAUGAGUAAUGUGACAGAUGGCAUGUUUGUUGCUCAGUCCAACGUUUCCACACCAUCUCCCUCCAACUCCUCAACAGUCAUAGGGGAGGGAGAAACAUAUUUCCGGACAUUACUGGACUCGUUCAUGAAUCUCCUGGUUCUUCUAACCACAGCAAAUAACCCAGACGUGAUGAUGCCUGUGUACCAACAAAAUAGGUUCUACUCCUUGUAUUUCAUUGUCUUCCUGUUAAUUGGAAACUAUUGUUUCAUGAAUAUGCUCUUAGCAGUUAUCUACAAUCAGUUCAGAGGAUACUUCCAGACAUCAAUGCAGUCAGACCUCUUGAGGAGGCGGGUGGGGGUGAGGGCAGCAUACGAAGUCCUGAAAGAGACGGACAGGUACUCCAAUAUCUCACACGCAGGACUCAGGCAUGGUGUAUCUCUGUACAAUGUCAAGACAGUAAUAGAACAUGCUGAUCUACCUGUCCAUGUUAAAUCAGCGCUCAGAGAGGACUUGGACAGGAAGGUGACAAUGUCUGACGAUUACUUCUCUCUGAUGGAGUUCCAGGCGUGCUUUGAAGCCAUGGAAACAGAUCCACCACAGAAACAGAAGCCAGAGUUACGCUGGUUCCAGAACGUAUGGGUCAGAAGGUUACAGAGAUGCGUGGCUCAUCGCGUGUUUGGAUACUUUGGUAACUUGGUGGCCACCGCAAACGUCAUUGUGAUCGCUACAGAACUUUCUUUAGAGUAUGAUAAAAGCCUUGGAGGAAAUACCUCAAACCUCAAUAUUGUGAAUUUUGUUUUUGUGGUUUACUACUUUGUGGAACAAGUGGUCAAGUUUGUGGCGUUUGGGUGGAAGAGAUAUGUGUACGAAUACUGGAACAUCUUUGAUGGAGUUAUAACAGUCAUACUGGUGAUAACUGAAUUUUUUGCUGUUGGAUAUUAUGGUUUUCCACUGAGUGGCUCAAAACAAGUUCAUGAUACACCAGUGGUGUGGAACUUUGUACGCAUCAUCAACAUUCUCAUCUUGUUCCGACUUCUCCGCAUAAUACCCAAUAUAAAGGCAAUGACAAUAGUGGCUGCUACUUUAGUAGAUUUAGUCCGGAAUCUAAAGGCAUUUGCUGGGAUUUUAAUAGUGAUUUAUUACUCCUUUGCCAUUGUGGGCAUAGAAAUCUUCCACAACGCAAUCACAAAUACUCCGUCCAACAGCACAGGACUGGUGUUUGAGUGUGGCUCCUAUCAGCAGCUAGAGUACUGGGCCAACAACUUUGACGACUUUGCUGCGGCCCUUGUGGUACUGUGGGACAUAAUGGUGGUCAACAACUGGAGUGUUUUCUUGAAGGCUUAUGCCAAGGUCAAAACAGAAUGGUCCUACUUAUACUUCAUUAUAUGGUGGUUGUUUUCGGUUGUCAUAGUGAUGCAGUUAUUCACAGCUCUUAUUAUUGAGAAUUUCAUAAUGAAAUGGGAUAAGAGUGCCUCCAGAAGAAACAGAGGGAAUUCAGACUUUGAGGAAUCUCAUCACUUUAUGUCUGUCCAUGAUAUGUUCAGGGAAAGUCUUCAUGAGCCGACAGAAGAGGAGAUCUUGUUACAUAUCAGCAAUAAUCAGUAUCUGCAGACAACUUUGUCAUAGGGAGGUUAUGGACUCGUGAUAUAGGCUAUACAUAAGAAGUUUCUUACCUCCUUACAGAAGAGUCGGGCUGUAAAGAGACAAACAAGCUGAAAACAACCUUGUCAUAGGGAGGUUAAGGACUAGACUGAAAGAGACUAUAAGUCAGAAGGAAGAUUAAGGACUGAAGACAGGCUAAAUAAGGAGUUUUGUCUACAUGUACCUCUUUACAGAAGAGUCGAACUGUAAAGUUUUCUGUUUUAAACAUUGUUGACUAAUGUUUUUUAUCAGCUAAACAAAUCCUGAAGCCUUCAGUUGAUAUUGAUUUAAUAUGUUGUACUUUUUAAAGAGCUGCAUUUUGUUUUAUCAUGUUACACAUGCUUUUAGUUAUUUAAUAUUAACAGAGUAUAUGGAAAAGCAUCAGGGCAUUAUAGAGGGUUGUCGCAACAUUAAAUUACAUGCUCUUGUUGUUCUCAGAGUUAUCUGCCCAUGUGUCUGUUAUCUCUGACGCUCUGACAAAUUAGCAAUCUAUUUGACAAAAAAAAAAAAACUAAUUAGAUUUUAUAUUACACAUUUAUUAAUUUCAUCACCCCACUACUUGGUGUUUU